UCACUGAUCAUUAGCGACCGCCAGUCGUCUGUGCUCGAUCUACCCUGAGAUGAUCGAUAAUUUGAUCCCAGACUGGCUGGAAGUGACGUGACAGUAUACAGAUCGCGAUGAAAGUGCUGCUCGUGCUGUGCGCGGCGCUCGCGGGCGCGCGGAGCAGCAGAGACUGUCCCGAGCUCAUGGUUGUCAUCUGUUGAUGGGUGUCGGUGAGAUUAGGGGAGAUUAAUGGGUUUAGCGUGCGCGUGAAGGUUGUGUGUGAUGAUGCGGACCUGACGGAAACCAUGCAGCCCAGCUCGUUACCGAACACGACGGUGUCUCUGAUCCUGAGCAACAAUAAGAUCUCGGCGCUGAAGAAUAACUCUUUCCUCGGCCUGCGAGCUCUGGAGAGACUGGAUCUCAGCAGUAAUCUCAUCAGCAGAAUCACCCCGGGUGCCUUUCACGGCCUGACGGCUCUGAGGAGACUGGAUCUUUCCAACAACAGGAUUGGCUGUUUCUCUGCUGAUAUGUUUCUUGACCUCAGCCGUCUCUCCAAACUGAAUUUAUCUGGGAAUAUCUUUUCCACGCUGCCGGAGGGUUUGUUCACACACGUCCCGUCUCUCAGAGCGCUAUCAAUCAAAGGAAAUCAGGACGGCCCGCUGGAGCUCCCCGUCCUGCAGCUCAUCCCGACUCAGCGGCAGCUGGUGUUCCCCGGGGACCGUCUGCCCCUGCAGUGCACUGCCUCAUACCUCGACCCGUCCGUCAGACUGUCCUGGAGCCACGAACAGCGUCCUGUCCACACGCUGGAAGACAGAGGGCUGUACGUGGAGGACAGCAUCAUUCACGACUGCUGCCUCAUUACCAGCGAGCUCAUCCUGUCCAACAUCGAUGCUGCCGUUUCCGGUAAUUGGCAGUGUCACGUGACCAGUUCCCGUGGCAACAGCUCAAUCGGAAUGGAGAUUGUGGUGCUGGAGGCGACGGCGCUGUACUGCGGAGCCGAGAGGGUCAGUAGCAACAAGGGUGACUUCAGGUGGCCGAAGACGUUGGCUGGUUUCAUGGCCUUCCUGCCGUGUGCCGUGUCCAGCUCUAGCUCCGCCCCUCAGGAGAAGAAGGCGUGGUCCCGCUCUGACUCCGCCCCUCAGGAGAAGAGGGCGUGGUCCCGCUCUGACUCCGCCCCUCAGGAGAAGAGGGCGUGGCGCAGGUGUGACCGCACGGGCCGCUGGGCAGAGCACGACUAUAACCAGUGCUCAUAUGUGAGAAAGUCCACCCGCAGCCUGCAUGAGCUCACACAGAUGUCGGUGAACGUCUCCAGCGCUCUGAUGUUGGCGCAGCAGCUCUCGUCUCUCACCAGCAGGGCGGCGCUGUUUGGAGACAUGAUGGAUGUGAUAUUCGUCACUCAUCUGGUAGAAAGACUCACACGCCUCGUGGAUCAUGUCAGAGAGUUGGCUGAUCUCGUGUUGGACGUGGCCAGUAACAUGAUGGCGGUGGAGGAACAUGUUCUCUGGAUGGCUCAGGAUGAGGCUCGUGCGUGUACACGGAUCGUCCAGUGUGUGGAGCGGAUCGCAGACCUCGCGCUCAGCGCAAACACCUCCGGCAUCUCAAAGGUUUCGGCUAACAUCGCUCUGGAGGCGCUGACGCUCCGGCUGGACGCUCUCAUGGGUUUGUUGUGUUUGGUUGUUAAGGUGGUGCAUCUGCUGACCUCUGGUGGCCCCAAUGUGGGUAAUGUGGGUACCACAUCCGAGCACAACACCCUCCUCAACUUCAGAUGCCACACGGUUAACAUCUCCGGGUCACCCAUGGGUCAGCUCAGCCAGCUAAAACAGGAGUGUGGUUUUGAUGGGCUGAAUCUCCUGAAGGUGUUAAUGACAUCUGCGGCUCUGUCUGGACGUCCAGCUGUGAGUUCAGGAGCUCUGAUGAGGAGAUCAGACUUCAGUCCACAAUCACAGAGACUCACCGCUGACCCGGCUGACCGAAGCACUGCUGCACAGAGUGUGGCCAUGAGAGUAGAAGAACCGGUGGCCAUUCGCCCUCCAUACAUUUCCCGCGGGCUGGCCCCCGGUUGGGAGAACGCCCUGUUAAGCUGCAGUAUGAUCGUCUUCAGCAAUGGAAAACUCAUUUCGCACGGGGAAUUCGUCAAAGCUUGCGGGACGAUGGCCAAGCGCAGAAUGAAGCGUUCGACACACCCCGGGAGCCCCGUGCAGCCUGUUACCGUCGCUCUCCGGCACUUCUCGUUGGGUGUAGACCCCACCGCGGCAUACUGGGAUUUUGACCCGCUGGAUGGACACGGCGGCUGGCGCGCGGAAGGCUGCCACAUAACCUCCGCGCACAACCACGACCUGACCAUCCACUGCGCGCACCACAACAACCCUCGCCGUGCUCAUGCUGCGGGGGCUGAUGUUGCUUCUGAUUGGCUGACAGAUGCUCGUGUCGUUACUCUGAAGCUGAUGCACCUGUGCAUCCUGACACAGACACAGAAGAGCUUUAAUCUGCCUCUUCAGCAGCAUCACAGGCUUCCUGAGAGCAGCUUGAUAAUGUCAGCGUUUGAAAUAAACGUGGUUUAUGGUGAAGCUGAUGAUCUGAAGUUAGUGUCUCAUCACGUCACAGAUCAGCUGUUUUGUCUAAUGAUGCAGAGGUUUGUGUACAUACAGGAUCUGAAGAAGGUGCUGUCGUUUCCUCCGUAUCCAGGAGAGUUCCUGCACCCGGUGGUGUACGCCUGCACAGCGGUCAUGCUGCUCUGCCUGUUUGCCUCCAUCAUCACCUACAUAGUGCACCACAGAAGGCGUCGGCAGUCGAAGGGCCCGAUGGAUGCCGCAGGAAGUGUAAUCUGUGUGAUGCGAAUCCGCCGUCAAGUCCAUUCUCGAUCCGUCGGUAUCGAUCUUGCAUUACGCAUCUCUGUCCACGAUGCUCUGGUUAAGGCGUCGGCACGCAACGAAACAUGGCUACAAACAGCGACUAAAAAAUCAAAGAGCAAGCGCAUGACGGAGACACACGCCGCGUCACCCCCACCAGAUCAGAUCAGGCUGAUGUAUGAACCCAGAGUUUUCCACUAUCCAGUCCCUCAUCACCAUCACUUGUUUGAUGAAAUUUUUAGCUUCAGCAUGAUUGUGUUUUGUGUCUGCAGGUUUUAUUUAGUGAGUGCAGGAGUUCCCUUCAUCAUCUGCGGCAUCACAGCAGCUAUUAACAUCGAGAACUACGGCAGCGGAGAGCAGACGCCGUUCUGUUGGAUGGCGUGGGAGCCGAGUCUGGGGGCCUUCUAUGGCCCCGUGGGCUUCAUCGUCCUGGUGACCUGCGUCUACUUCCUGUGCACCUUCAUCCAGCUGCGCAAACACCCUGAGAGGAAGUACGAGCUGAAGGUGGUGAGCGAGGAGCAGCAGCGGCUCUCAGACGUCCACCAGGGGGAGCCGGCGAGUGGUCAGUGUCACGGCGGCUGCCCGGGUCUCAUCAACCCAUCCAUGCUGGCCAACGAACACUCGUUUAAAGCCCAGCUGCGGACGGCGGCGUUCACGCUGUUUUUAUUCGUAGCCACGUGGACGUUUGCCGCACUGGCCGUAUCGCUGGGUCACUUUCUGGAUAUGAUCUUCAGCUGCUUGUAUGGGGCGUUUUCCGUCACGCUCGGGUUGUUCGUUUUGAUUCACCACUGCGCAAAACGUGACGACGUCUGGCACUGCUGGUGCGCCUGCUGUCCUGGGCGACGCCCAGCCAACGCAUGCCACGGCCACAGCCACGCCCACAAAGUCAACAUAAAUGGCGACGCCCACUCCCACUGCCAUCUGGACGCCGGGAAACCCGUUCACUGCUCAUGCCGCACCGCCGCGCAGAAUCACGUGACCUGCCUGACGCCGGUUUCGCCGUGUUGCGCCGCUCUGCACACGCAGCAGCUCCUAGAGGACGAAACCAGCGCACAUGUGCUCCUCCACGCCGACCCUGAGGGAUACCGGCCCGCAGUGCGCUUGCAUCGCUGCUCCAAGCCCGUCAGAACUAAAACGAGGCGGCAACGUGAACUAGCUUUCCGUAUUCCCUCCGGCGCGGACGGCGCUAGUGCGCACAGUUCACGCGCAAACAGCCCACACACCCACAUCUGCCACUUGGCUCACGAAGGGCAUCACGUUUGCCCUCACGAGGCGCUCGCGCUCUGCCACCACCAUCACGUGUGCUGCACGAAAGAUGAGCUCCUCGACACGGGCGAGAGCUUCCUGUGCGGGUGCGGAAAGCUUGCGGGGGACGAUUUGCAUCACGCACACAUAGAGUUGCACGCACGCAGACAGUCGCUGGCCAACCAGAACGGCAUGCUGAAGGGAAGUGCGCAGGCGCUGUAUCCGUCCGACAGCACGGGGAAUAUACGCACGGGACCCUGGAGAAAUGAAACUACCGUGUAGUUCGAGCGAACUCCAACACUAGGAUUUAAGAAAGCAACUUUUAUUUUAUUUUUAGUACCAUCACAAGCUCUUUCCUGCAUCGUUCAUCUAACAGGAUGAUUGCAGUGGUUCUGCGGAUCGUACAAAUGCGAGAACGGAAAACCCGGGGCCUCAUUUAUAGAGUGAUCCUAAAUGUGAACGUGUGACAGUUUAUAAAAUGUUCUUGUUGAUGGUUUAGGUCCCAAGUUCCCUAAUGCAUCCCUUUUUAUAAGUUGCAGUUAAUUUCAAGCUCAAUGUGAACAAGCACAUCAACACCAUCUACAAGAUGCCCACAAAUAUAUCUUUAUAGUUGAGAAAUUGUACAGCCAUCAUCAUAAAUGGGCAAGGAAGUCCUAUUUAAUUUUAUUUUUAUUUAUUUUUUUAUUUUAUUUUAUUUUAUUUUAUUUUAUUUUUUAUGAUUUAUUUUUUAUUUUUUAUUUUUAUUUUAUUUUUUAGUAUUAUAAUAUAUUAUUUUUUC